AAUUACUUUGCUGUUGAUUUUUUUUAACUUCGGUUUUACUCAAAAUAUUUUGUUUAUGACAUAAUACUUAUUUCAUAUAGAAAAUGCAAGUGGAUGGGUUAAACCCCGAACAACCAUUGUUUGGUUAAUUUAGCUAAUAACCACGCUCUAGUAGGGUUUGUUUACGUUACGUCUUUACGCCCAAUGCCUCAGCCAAUCACUUAUCGCGAGUAAAAAGGCGGGAAUCAAAUCAACCAAUGGAUGCAACGAACGUCAAGCAUCUUACAGUACAGUAGCACAAGACAAGAGGCACGAAAGUGAAUGAAGAAAUGAGAGCCAUGUCUCCUGAGGAACCCUUCCAGGACUCUUUAGACGAGGAUGUAGAUGGCUUCUCAGAGCCUGGGAGAGGGAGCAGGAUACGCAACAGCGUCUACACUAAAACCCCUGAGAUGGAGAGCAACUAUUAUGGAGACUAUGGUGCAACCGUGGACAAAAGUCCCCUGUUGAAGACAUUGAUGAAUUCCGAAGCAGCGGCCAAUUCUGCAGCCAUACAGCUCAUGUCAUUCAAGGAGACACUGGAGGACGAUUUUGCCGUGUCCAAAGUGAAAGACAAAGCUGUUUCCAGAGAAAGUUCCUUUCAGACUAAAAUCCUGGAACUGGAGGGUGAGAAGAGCAGGAGAGAGAAUGAGCUAAAACAGAUUAAACAAAGCAAUCAGUUGGCUGAUAAGAAGUUUGAGGUGCGUCUGAAGGACCUGCAGCUCAGCCUGAACCAAUCAGAGAGCCACAAGCAGAGCAUUCAGAACUACGUAGACUUCCUCAAGAACUCUUACUCCACCAUAUUUGAUGAAGGACUACCACCGGCAACAUCUAGCUUUGGAUCAUCCUACUUUUUAAAAUGAUAAUUACUCAGAUAUGUGUGUUUGUGGUGUGUUAUGUGUAACUUGUGUUGUUGUGGAAGUCAAAUGAGCCUUACUUACGAAUGUGUUUAAUAAUGUACGUGUUUUGGAAAACGAAUGAAUUUGCACGUUGAUUCAUGUCCAUGUUUGUUUUUAUAUCGAUCAGUAACUACUUUUUUCCAUUAUAAAUAGAAUUUCAAUAAAGUUGAUAAUGGAUAUUGUA